UUUUUUUUAAAGAAAAGUAGGUACAAGUCAAAUUUAAUUUUAGUGGUAAUCAGUAUAAUGUCACAAAUGCUGUUGAUUGAGCUGAACUUGUACUGAACACAGAAUAUUCCUUUAAGCUCAUAAUAUAGUAACAAUUCAUGGUUCAUUUCGAUUCAGAAUGAAUGACUUGUGGUCCAGUAAGCUCUUAAUUCACUAAAAAGAACCAACUGAUAAGAUUCAUUCGUUCGGGAGGGAAGCGCUGUAUGUUUUGCUGUGUAGAUUCAGAAGAACCAACUCAUAGGAGUCAUUCGUUUGGGAAUUGACUAUUUAAAAUGUCCAGGCCUGGAAAAGUUUAUACACAGUAGUUAAUAUACUGUAUGUUUUAUAGUGAUGCUCUAAACUGUUCUUGCCUGCAGCCGGCGUGAUGACUGAUUUGUGAGCGAGACGUUGUUUUGAUUCAGUUACUUUUAAUGAAUCUGUCGAACCGAUUCUCUGUUUUAUUUUAUUGCUCUCGUGUGUGCAGGCUAAAAUAGCUCUAUAUUAAAUAAUUGUUUUGUUUUCUGGCUUUUGGUUUGUGUUUACUUUUGUGAUUUUCAGUUUUGGCUUCAUAUAUUGGGGAAAUAAACUGAAUAUUUCUGUGAUCUUUGUAAAGGGUUUGAUUGGGGCAGUUGUGUUGAGGUUGAGCCUGCAACCUUCCAGUAACCUCAGUCUGAACCAAUACACCACACUAUGUUUAAACUAGUUUAAUUUGUUUAUCUGAACGUAAUGCAGAUGACAACAUUUGGCCUGAAAUAAAGUUCAAACUCGUGUCAUAUCGCUGUCUUUUUCUCUUCUGUGUCUCUCUAGAGACUCUGUCAGUGAUUCACUCUUUCCUACAUCACAAAAAUAGAAGUGAAAUGUUUCUGUCGCUCUCUCUCUUCCUGUCAGUAUGUGUCAUUUCUCUCAGUCUUGUAUCAGGUCUUCAGUGUUUGUGAUGGAGGGGAGAUCAUGUUCUUCAGGUUCUGUGUGGGAUUCUCUACUCAAACUCUGCAUCUCUCACAAAUUCCUGGAGCUGACACCUUCACAUGGCACCGAUGAUCUGUUGUGUGUCUGCAGAAGUUCCUCCGCCGGUUCUGAAGCCCGUGUUCAGCACCAGAGGUCUGGAAGAGUCCUGGUCUGCUGUCAGUCCCGUCGUGUGGAUCUGUGUUGGUCUGGUCUUGAGCAGUUCAGUUCUGGUGCUGUUGUUCUGGCACAUCAUCUACAGACAUCACAACAGGACCUCACAGAACACAGCAGGUGAGAAAGACUCGACGCCUCAUGCUACGGAAGCAGUACAACAGGAAGAGGAAGUGCUCUCUCCCUGGCUGCACCUCAACGGAAAGACACAGGAAGUGCCAGUCACUGAGGGGACGUGUGGGCGGAGUAUGUGUAACGGGUGGGCGGAGCAUGGACUGCCACUUCCUGCAACAGAACUGGGAGACUCCGCCCUCGUCACCGCCAAAACUGGACAACCUGUAGACGUCUGAUGAAUAAAAAAUAUAAUCUGAUGGUAAAUAAGAAACAUCCAAACGGCAACCAAAUAUGUACAAACUUCGGAUCUUAACCCUUGUGUGAUCUUCGGGACAUUUUUGUCUUUUUCAGUUUUGUUUUAUUCGAUCAUUUUGGCUGUGUUAAUGCCAAUGACAUAAAUUUUGCCAAAGGUGUUUAUUUUUGGGGGGAAUUUUGAUAUUUCAACCUCAGUUCCUAUAAUACAUUUAUAAUACACUGUGUACACAAAAUAGUUACACUCAGGACCUUCAGGACAAAAAUGUCCCCAUUGAAACCCAUUAAAACUGCAAUAUUUGAUCCCAGUGCCAUUAAAGCAUAAAAUCAUGAAUUCUAUGAUAUUAUGCUUUCAGUCCGGAGCCCUGACUUCAAAAUUUACAUUUUUAAUAUUUUCCACCAGAUGGCGCCAUUUUUCUCAUGUUUAUCCUAUGGAGCAAAUACAAGCUUUUCCCCUAUUUUCUGUUUGCUGUAUUAUAGAGCACUGCAGGACAACUGAAUAAAUGAUGCAGAUAAAAUUGUGUGUGUGUAAGUAUGGAUGUCAGAGUGUGUUUUGUAUGUGUGGAUUGAGAAAUGUGUGUGUGUGUGUGUGUGU